AUGGCCCAUAGACUGGUGGCUAAAGGGGGCGUCGAUUUGGAGGCCUUGUCGCCUAGGGACGCUAACGCUCAACGUAUGCCAAAGGCAAUCGAAAUGAAGACGACGAAGCCAGUCGCCCAGCUCAAGGCGGCCAAGGACAAGGAGCCGCCGCCGCAACCCCCCGCCACUGUCGACGAGCCUCCGAGCUCAGACCGUCCCAAUGGCGCCGUCUACCAGGUUGGCAGGAUGCUCGGCAAGGGCGGUUUCGCCGUGUGCUAUCAGGGAUAUCUCAUGCCGGAGCGCAAGAAGUAUGCCUUGAAGAUUGUCCGGAGCCAGAUGCCCUCCAAGAUGAUGCAGAAGUUCCAAACCGAGCUUCAGAUUCACUCCAAGAUGAACCAGAAGAAUAUCGUGCAAUUCUUCAGGGCAUUCUCUUUCCACGACUGCAUGUACUUGGUCCUCGAGCUCUGCACCAAUGGCUCUCUCAUGGACAUGGUCAAGAAGCGCAAGGGCCUGACCGAGCCCGAAGUCCGUUUCUACUCUGUUCAAGUCGCUGGCGCCAUUAAGUACAUGCACGGGAAGGGAAUCAUUCACCGCGACUUGAAGAUGGGAAACAUCUUCUUGGACCACAGAAUGAACGCCAAGGUCGGAGACUUUGGAUUGGCUGCGUUGCUGGUUACUGGCCGGGACAUGCAAACCAUAAGAAGGACCACUUUGUGCGGCACACCCAACUACAUUGCCCCCGAGAUUCUCCAGAAGGGAAAGAAGGGACAUGACCACAUGGUUGACAUUUGGAGUCUGGGUAUCAUCAUGUUCGCCAUGUUGACAUCCAAGCCGCCUUUCCAGUCCACGAGCACCGAGGAAAUCUACCGCCGCGCGAGAGAACGCGACUACGAAUGGCCGAACCCAGAAACUUCGUCCAAGUUCAUCAGCCAAGAGGCCAAGGACUGCGUUGCUACGAUGCUCGAGGACGCUGAUAUGAGACCCGACCCUGACAUCAUUGUUCAACACCCGUUCUUCACCUGUGGCUACAUGCCUGUGGAAGAGGACAUGACCACUAGACUACUGACACUGCCACCCGACGGCUCGGAGUUCUACGCGACCCGCAUGAGCUCCAACCUACAGGCAAUCACCCAAAGAAACCACGAGGACAUGUGCAGAGAAUGUGGAGUUGGUCCUUGGACACCCGUGCAGGUGGUUCACACUCAGACCUGGAAAGAGAUGGCGGCCGAGGAGAAGUCUGGCUUGACGCCAAUGAUUCCCCUUGGUGAGGAUGUUGUCUACAGGCCGUUCGAUGACUGGCUGGCGGAGAAGCGACAGGCUAGCGAGAGGCGUCAAGCACGCGCACUCGCUGCUUCGUCAUCUUCCCGCUCCGAAAACACGAGAGAACAACAGCAGCUGGCUGCUUCGCAGACCGCGCCAUCCGGCUUGCUGCGCCAGCCUCCCCAGAGCUUCGCUGCUCAGCAAAGAGCACAAAACCGACCUCCGGCUAUGGCUAGCAGCACCAGAUCACGACCUCCUCCAGAAGCGUCUUCACAACCUGCUGAACCUGUGCGGCCGAGAUCCGUCAGACAACAAUCCGCGCCGGAACCUCAAAGAACAAACCAAAUGUCAGAAGCGCCAUUGAGAAAGGCGACUGCCAGUCGACGAACGCCGCUACCGACAAGCCAGUCCACAAGCGCCCUCCCUAGUCAGGCUAUGGUGCCGCAGUCCUCCAGCCAGCCCACCGUCACAAUGACUGGUCUGAUGGAGAACUUGAAGAUCUCAUCCGAUAAGACGGAAAUGGCUUCGCUCUUCAGCCCGUCAGAACGCCCAGAGCCGGUGGCUAGCUCAAAACCGGAUGUUGUGUUGGAGCGUCUUCGUCGACUUCAGGGUGAAUUGGAGCGUGCCCUGAACGCUCGCACGAUGGCCAUAAUCUCGUCCAAGGACGUCACCCCUCCUCACCCCAACGUUGUUGUGAAGUGGGUAGAUUACACGAACAAGUUUGGCCUUGGCUACAUCCUGAACGAUGGUGGUGUUGGCUGCAUCCUGCGUGAUAUCCCCACUACUGAGAGCAGCAAGACCCUCACACUUCCCUCGGCGUGUAUGCUCGUGCGUGAUGCCGAGAGGCAUAUCGAGCGACGGCAUGACGAGACAUACCCUGAGAGACAUCAGCCUCUGCCGCCUGGACAGGACAUACACUUCUACGAGAACAACGGCGAAACGGGCUUGGCUCGAGUUUCGGUUUCCUCGAAGCAGUUCCGCGUACCGGUUUAUGAGGACGGUACCCCUGGCAAGCUGAACCCCGGAAGGGAUGUUUACGAGCACCGCAAGAGGGAGAGAGUCAUCCUGUGGAAGAAGUUUGCAAACUACAUGAUUGCUUACGGCAGAGAUGAGGCAGUCCCCGCCGAGGAGACACCUAUUCGCUCGUCCGAGUUCACUGUCAACAACUCUCAGCCGUCGGACUUGGUGACCUUCUACCAACGCUUUGGUGAUGUUGGUUGCUGGGUCUUUGGCGACGGGCAUCUUCAGUUCAACUUCCCUGAUCAUACCAAGAUUGUUCUCAACGCUGCUGGAACAUGGUGCCACUUCUGGCAUCUCCCUAUGGAUGCGGCCCAUAACCUGGCAACCACUGGCAGUUUGGGAGCUGCCGCGCUUGACGAAAGGGCUAUGCUGUCAUAUCCCCUUCAAACGCUGCUCAAUUUCCAGACGAAGCCCUCGUCAAGUCGGGCUACUCGCCCUACCACCACCUCCCGCCGCCGACCUGAAAUCCCCGUUGAACUCCAGGGAAUUCCGGCUGCCAACGACUUCCGUCGGAAGAUUGAGUUCAUCAAGAACGCCGUCAAGGAGUGGACGACCAACGGUGGCUUGGGCAACAGCGCCAUGGACCGCGAGCACCGUCUGCGCUGGGGCGGCCACCGCGAGACGGUCAUGGGCAACACCCCUAUCAAGGGUGUUUGGGUUACUGUCGGAGCUCGCUGGGGCGACACCAGACUGUCGGCUUACAUUGACCCGACCAACCCCAUGGACAUGGGAGAGGAGAUUGACGAAUCAAAGAAAAGACGUCACUGA